CCAGAUCAGCCAGUGCCUUUACACGUCACUGUCCUCGAGGCACCUGCGAGUUGUCACAGCUGUAAAAUGCCGUCUAGGUGGCAGCACGAGAGAGCUGCGCGAGCCGCUGCUCCGUCUGUUCCGUGAGUGUCUGUCUGUUUGUCUCUGAGCACGCGCGCGUGAGUAUAAAGCCGGGUUAUUUCUGCUCGAGCAGAUGUAGCUCAUCUCCCAGUCUGCGGGGAGGAAAGUGCGCGUCGUCCUGCAGCUGGUCAACAUCAGGAUGUCGGUGGAAAGAUUUGAGAAAAAGAAGACGAUAGACCUGAGGAAGAAGCACAUUGGGCCUUCUUGUAAGAUUUUCUUCAGCCAUGACCCUCUGAAGAUAGUGCGAGCCAAAGGCCAGUACAUGUAUGAUGAAAAAGGACAUCGCUACUUGGAUUGCAUCAACAAUGUGGCUCAUGUGGGCCACUGUCACCCAGAUGUGGUGAAGGCAGGAGCUGAGCAGAUGGAACUACUUAACACCAACUCACGUUUCUUGCAUGACAACCUUGUACUUUACGCCCAGAGGCUGCAGGCCACACUGCCUGACAAGCUGUCUGUGUGCUACUUUGUCAACUCUGGCUCAGAAGCCAAUGACCUGGCCCUUCGACUAGCACGGCAGUACAGAGGCCACAAAGACAUCAUCACGUUGGACAAUGCGUACCACGGCCACGUCUCAUCGCUCAUUGACAUCAGUCCGUAUAAGUUCCACCAGCUGUCAGACGCUGAACAGAAUCAAUUUGUGCAUGUGGCUCCGAGCCCAGAUGUGUACAGAGGCAAAUACAGAGCAGACCAUCCUGAUCCUGCAACAGCAUAUGCGGAUGAAGUCAAAAAUAUAAUAGACAACGUCCACAACAAAGGAAGCAAGGUUGCUGCUUUUAUUGCAGAGUCAUUGCAGAGUUGUGGCGGGCAGGUCAUUCCCCCCAAGGGCUACUUCCAGCAAGUGGCAGCGCACGUCCGAAAGGCCGGGGGCGUUUUCAUCGCUGAUGAGGUCCAAGUGGGUUUUGGUCGCGUUGGCACCCACUUCUGGGCCUUCCAGCUUCAGGGAGAGGACUUUGUGCCUGACAUUGUCACCAUGGGAAAGCCUAUUGGCAACGGUCACCCCAUGUCAUGCGUGGUGACGACAAGAGAGGUGGCAGAGGCCUUCGUGUCAUCUGGAAUGGAGUAUUUCAAUACAUUUGGCGGUAACCCAGUGUCGUGUGCCAUCGGUCUGGCCGUCCUAGACGUGAUUGUGAAAGAGGAUCUCCAGGGUAAUGCUCUGCGUGUGGGGCGAUACCUGGCCAAUCUGCUGGAAAAGCAGAAAGAGAGGCAUCCACUGGUCGGAGACAUCAGGGGUUGUGGCCUCUUUGUUGGGGUGGAGCUCGUGAGGGACAGGUUGAAGCUCACUCCUGCUACAGCAGAGGCUCAAGAAGUCAUAUAUAAGCUAAAGGAACAGCGCAUCCUUCUUAGUGCUGACGGACCUCAUCGCAACGUGCUCAAAUUUAAACCCCCCAUGUGCUUCACUACGGAGGACGCUGACCUGGUGGUGGAGAAAAUCGACCACAUUCUCACGGAACUUGAGGAAGCGUUAGGCUUGAAGUUGCCCAACAUAGUGAAGACAGAGAAUGAACGCAAUAAAAGAAAGCUGCCGACUGAUGAAAAUGGACACCAGUAUCACAGUGGUUUAGUGCACAGCAAAGGAAGCAGUCAAGGAGUUCCUCAACAAACCAAACACCUCAAGAUAUAAAGCUUCUCAUGAACUCAACACUUUCUCUUUCACAUAGUUAAAGAACUGAUAACACAUCGUAAAUUUUGGAGGUGACAGAAUUCUGGGGGAAAAGUGCUUUAGCAUUUGACAUAAUGAAAAAUGUUUUAUAUUAAUAAUAUAAUAAUGUACUGUACUUGUAUGGGAUUGCAAUGUUUUCUCAGGUAUUAUUUUUAAUUAAACAAAGAAAUCAAAACACUUGUUUAGCAUACAUGUUUAAUACAAUUUUACGUUGGUGCUAAAACUUCCUCUAAUUGUGCAGGUUACCAUGCUGCAUGAGCUGUGUAUUUUUAAAUUUUUGCCAACGUUCACUUGAUUAUGAUCAUCAGGGAGUCAUGAUUUUAAUAAAUCAAAAUGUGUAUAUGUAUAUAAAUCUUGUGAUGGUGUCUCAGUGUUGCUUUUGCAUUAAAAUCCGGCUUUACUCACUGUGAACAUUGCUCACUGUUGAUGAAAGUCUGGAAUACCUGUAUGGACCUUUACACAUGUUGUG